AUGACGAUGUCGCCGCGCCGCAGCUCGCCCAGCCACGGGGUCAGGUGCUCCGUGAGCAGGACGUCCUCCGAGCGUAUGGUGGGCUCCAUCGAGGGGCCCGAGCACAGCACGAAGUCGCCGACGAACUGGAAGGUGCAGUGCGCCAGGCAGCAGUACUUCGCGAACGUGCCGGCGGCGGUCAGGAGGUGGCGCACGAGCGGGGCUCGCGUCCUCGCGAACGAACGGACGCUUUGGAACGACAUCGGGGCUUGUUUUCGAAUGUCCUACACGAACGGAGACGUCCCCGAAGGGUACCUGCCGUUUCCCAAAGGGUUCUCCACCUCGGCGAUACAUCAUGCACAGGAACCGGAACAGUGGGACUCGAUGGCCGUAGUAACUCCCAUGGUCUCUUCCACCACGUUCAAACAGCACGGACCGGCCGAUUUUAAGAAAUUCGAGUACGGCCGUUCGGGCAAUCCCACCAGAGAUGUCCUGGAGAAGGUGCUGGCGAAAUUGGACAACGCCGAUUAUGGCUUGACGUUUUCUUCGGGAUUGGGAGCCAAUACCGCCAUCGCUUCGUUACUUAACAGCGGCGAUAAUAUAAUAGUCGGGGACGAUGUGUAUGGUGGAACGAAUCGACUAUUCAAUUCGGUGUUUUCCAAAUUCAAUCUCGACAUUACUUUAGUCGAUUUAGUCGAUAUACGUAACUUAGAAAAAGCCAUCAAACCGAACACUAAGUUAAUCUGGCUAGAGACUCCGACGAAUCCGACGUUGAAAGUGGUGGACAUUCGAGCGGCCGCGGCCAUUGCGAAAGCAAAGAACAUCCUCCUGGCCGUAGACAACACAUUUCUGACGCCCUAUCUGCAAAGGCCGCUCGAAUUGGGGGCCGAUUUGGCCGUGUACUCUUUGACCAAGUACAUGAACGGCCAUUCCGACGUUAUUAUGGGUUCCAUCGCCACCAACGAUAAAGCUCUGUACGAUAAAUUGAAGUUCUUACAAAACGCCAUGGGAAUAGUACCGUCGCCGUUCGAUUGCUACCAAGUAAACAGAAGCCUCAAAACUCUUGCCAUUAGGAUGAAACAACACCAAGCUAACGGCAUGUGCGUAGCGAAGUAUUUGGAAGCUCAUCCACUAGUAGAGAAAGUGCUACAUCCCGGGUUACGGUCGCAUCCGCAACACGAAUUGUUCAGGAAGCAGACGUGCGGCCACAGCGGCAUCUUCUCCUUCGUGCUGAAAGGCUCCUUGGAGCAAUCGAAGAAAUUCCUGUCGUCUCUCGAGGUGUUUACGCUCGCCGAAAGCUUGGGAGGCUACGAAAGUUUGGCGGAAUUGCCAUCUCUAAUGACGCACGCAUCGGUUCCUGCUGGGUUACGGGAAACGCUGGGCAUAACGGACAGCCUCGUAAGGCUGUCGGUCGGUUUGGAAGACGCCGAGGAUUUGAUAGCGGACUUGGAGCGGGCCUUCCGAGCCGUCAAAUAA